CAUUGGUGUCAGCCAUGUGACGUUGCCAAGUUUAACUCUAUCCCAUUCCCAUAUUGCUCCAUCUCUGCCUAGCUAUAAAUUCGCAAUAAAACUUCAGGAGAGAUACACCUCAAAUCUGCAUCUCGUUUCUAAAACACUCUUUUCGUUGCCUUGAGCUCUGAAGAUAUGGCAGAAUUUCUGCUCACUUUUGCUGCUGAGGGAAUACUGACCAAGGUGACUUCGCUCGCUGCUCAAGAAUUCAGUCUUGUAUUGGGUUUCAAAGAAGAUCUGGCACAGCUGCGUGACUCAUUCCUCAAGAUUCAAGCUAUGCUAAGAGAUGUCGACCAUUCACAGGUUCGAGGGGAGGCUGUGGAAAUGUGGGUGAAGGAUCUUGAAGACGUAGCUAACGAAGCCGAUGAUGUCUUGGAUGAAAUUGGGUAUGAAGUUCUCCGACGCAAAGUAGAACUCCGAGACCAGAUGAAGAAAAAGGUGAAAAAUUUCUUCUCCCACUCCAAUCCCAUUGUCUUUCGCUUGCAAAUGGCACAUAAAAUCAAGAAAAUCAACACAUCUUUGGUGAAAUUAUUCAAUCAGGCAGCUGGCCCUAUUGGGUUAGUUGCUAGCACAUUAGCAUAUGCAACCUCUCAAGAUAUUGAAGUACUUGACAGGGAGACCGUCUCCAGCUUUGAUAGCGAUGAGAAGCUCAUAAUUGGAAGAGAGGAGGUCGUGUCAGAUAUAGUCAAAACCUUGAUCAAGUCUCACUAUAAUGAAGAUAACUAUCUUCCCGUUUUGGCUAUUGUGGGAAUGCCAGGUCUAGGAAAGACAACUUUGGCUAAAUCAAUAUAUCACGACUCGGCGAUCGAUAAACACUUCCAUGAAAAAAUAUGGGUUUGUGUAUCAACCCCUUUUGAAGUCAAAACAAUCUUAAGAGGGAUCUUAGAAUCUCUGAAACCAGAGAAAGCCGCAAUACAGAGCAAGGAUGCGGUUUGUAAAUUCAUUCGAGAAGAGGUGAAAGAGAAAAGAUACCUUCUCGUACUCGACGAUGUUUGGAGUGAAGAUCCUGAAAAAUGGAAGGAGUUGAGGAGUUGUUUGUUAACAGUUAACGAUACCCAAGGAAGCAGCAUCAUUGUCACUACCCGUAGUGACAAAGUUGCAGAAGUCAUGGAGACUCUUCCUAGGUGUGAUUUGAGAAAAGUAUCUGAUCAUGAAUGUUGGCUUAUAAUGAAGGAUAAAGCCAUUCCAGUUGGGAGUCCUCCUAUGUCUGAAGAGCAGCAGACAAUUGGUAGAGAGAUCGCUAAAAGAUGUGGAGGUGUACCACUAGCGGCAAAGGUUUUGGGAGAUGUGAUGCGCUCUAAAACAAGUGACCAAUGGCGAUCAAUUUUAAAAAGUAAAACAUGGGAUUCACCAGAAGGAGAAAAGAGAAUUUUUUCAAUUUUGAAGUUGAGUUUUGAUGAAUUGAAACUUCCAUCCUUGAAACAAUGUUUUGCAUAUUGCUCGAUGUUCUUCAAAGAUUUUGAUAUUGAAAAGGAUGACUUGAUCCAACUUUGGAUGGCUCAGGGAUGGCUUCACCCUUGUUCUGACAAAAACCUAGAGAUGGAGGAUAGAGGUAAUGAAUAUUUUAAAAUCCUAUUGGCGAAGUCUUUUUUUCAAGACAUUACAAAGGAUUAUGCUGGUAAUGUUACCAAAUGCAAGAUGCACGAUCUUGUUCAUGAUCUUGCAGAACAUGUAUCAAAAUCAAGGAACUUACGCUCACAUUUUUCAAAUGGAGAAGUCAUUGGGAGCAACCUACUUAACUUCAAAUCUUUACAUGUGUUAAAUUUGUACAAAGCAGACAUUAUGGAGUUGCCCAUUUCAAUUGGGAAGUUGAAACACUUGAGGUAUUUGAAUGUCUUGAAAACAAGAAUAAAAACAUUUCCCAAAUCAAUAGGUCAGCUUUAUAACCUGCAAACUUUGAAAAUACCUUAUCACCUUGAAGAGUUUCCAAAGGAAAUUGCAAAUUUGAUCAACUUGUGGCAUGUUUAUUUUGGUAGAUAUAUGAAAGUUCCAAGUGGGAUAUUGGGACGGUUGACUAAUCUCAGGUCAUUACCUUUUCUUAAGGUGGGUAAUAAGACAGGUCCUGGAAUUAGGGAAUUGAGUGGUUUAAACCAGUUGCACGACAACUUGUCUAUAUAUGGACUGGAAAAUGUAGGAGAUGGAGAAGAACUAAAAGCAAACUUGGUCGAGAAGAGACAUAUACAUAAGUUAAUCCUUGGAUGGAAGCUUAGUAGGCCAAGCCACUAUGUGGAGAAUGACGAUGAUGUACUAGAAGGCCUCCGACCACAUUCUAGUUUGGAAUUCUUGGAGAUUCAGGGAUUCAGGGGUAUUAAAUUUCCAUCAUGGUUAUUGGUAGCUAACAAUUUGAAAGAGAUUAAAUUAUUGGGCUGCAACAAUUGUGAAGGAGUCCCAGUACUUGGGCAUCUACCCAAUCUUAGUUGUGUUGAGAUUAAGAGAAUGGAGAAUCUAACUCUUAUAGGAUCUGAGUUUUAUGGGGAUAACCAUGUCAACUGUGGAAAUGGAUCAAGUAAGGAGGCGAGGCCUUUGUUCCCUGCUUUGAAAACAUUGUGUAUUGAGGAGGCCCGGAACUUGAUUGAAUGGAUGGAAGCGCCAACAGAAAGAGCAAGUGUGGUGUUUCCAUGCCUCGAGGAACUGACCUUGAUCGACUGUGACCAACUGAUAAGUGCUCCUAGUCAUUUCCCAUCUCUCAAGAAAUUGGUGAUAGAAAACAUGGAGAAUGGAGGCAUGCCAAUAGCAAGUAUUUUAAGCAAUCAACUCACCACUCUCACUCAUCUCAGGUUAUGGUAUGUGGGCGGACCUACUUGUCUGCCGGAAGGGAUGUUAGAAAACAACAAGAAUCUUGCACAUUUAGACAUAGUUGAUUGUUCAGAGCUAACUUGUAUUUCUCCCCAAUCACAAGGAUUUGAGUACUGCUGCGCAUCUCUUUCAUAUUUGCGGAUAUGGGAUUGUAAGAAUUUGAGAUAUUUACCUGAUGGGCUACUCACUCCUUCUCUUAAAGAGAUGACGUUGUGGCAUUGUGACAGUCUAGAGUACAUCCCAGAUGCUACACACGGUGGUCUCACAUCCCUUGAAACGUUGUCUGUGACAAUGUGCUUUAAAUUAACUUCCAUUCCAUUUUCACAAGGUCUACCAUCUCUUGGUGAAUUAAUUAUAGGCGACUGUCCCGAAUUAUCAAGUCUACCGGGUGGACUAGAAUACUGUACCUCUAUUCGGAGUUGGACAAUAGCAAAGUGCCCCAAGGUACCAUCCAUUUCAAUCGAAAGUCUGAGUACAUCCCUCGAACAGUUGUGUGUAAGUAAUCUAGACUCUCUUCUAAUUUCACGAGGACGCUUCACAUCACUCCGUCAAUUGACAAUCCUAGAUUGCGAAAGUGCCCUGAUCGGGCCAAAAUUUGGUGCCUUUCUUCGAACCCUCGUCUCUCUUCAAAAAUUGCAGAUAUGGUUCUGCAAGAAUCUAGAGACUAUUCCAAGUUCAGACAAGCUCGCAUCCCUCCGAAGCUUGGACAUUUCUGAAUGUGGUAAAUUAACAUGUCUGCCGAAUGGGUUAGCAGCAUCGUCACAGUCCUGCAGCCUAGCCCGUUUGAAGGAAUUAAAAAUUGGUCGUUUCUGCGAGGAGCUCGAUGCAUUCCCAGCUUUUCAGUCUAUACCACAGCUUGAAUCAUUGACCAUCUUGGGAUGGCGUAAGCUCAAGUCUCUCCCUGAACAAAUUCAACACUUGCCUUCUUUAACACAACUGCAUAUAGCACAGUUUGAGGGAGUGGAGGCUUUUCCAGAGUGGUUGGGAAACCUAGCAUCUCUUGAGGACCUAACUAUUCAGUGGUGCAGGAGUCUAAAGUACCUACCGUCUGUGGAAGCUAUGCAACGCCUCACCAAAUUGAAACAGAUACGCAUCUCCCACUGCUGCCUUCUAGAAGAAAGAUGCAGGGAGGAGAACGGCCCAGAGUGGCAUAAGAUUCGUCAUCUUCCAUUCAUCACGAUUGGGGAUACAGAAAUCGAGAAUUGACCAACGCAGAGUACAAAUAAUUCCUAAUUACUUAAAGUCCCCACAUUGAAGCAAAUAAGGAGCAUCUAAUUUGUUUUAGGCAAACAAUUUCUUAAGGUUUUCGCUAAAUUGGAGGAAUACGAGUUGUGCCAUUAGAGUCCUGGAUUUCCGAAACACCAAUGAGGAGUAGUUGAGUUGGCUAACUGAGAAAUCAUUGUUACCGUGGAAGCUGUUGCAUGGAAAAUCCCGUAACUGAUUGCAGCGUACAGCAAGAUUUGGGGCACAAGGUUUUCGUCAUUUUUGUCUUUGUUGUACUAAAAGCAAUUUAUAGCCAUCAAAUCGGACAUCUCUGCCUAGCAACAGUGUGUGAUGUCUGUUGGAUGACAGAAACAAGCUAAUUGGUGAAGCAGAUGCUCUGUUGUACUUGAGAUUAUUGCUGUCAUGUAACCAUAAGUGGUCAUUUAGAGCCAGCAAAAGCAUUCUCAGAGCCAAAAGAAAUUCCGAGGUGAAUUUUGAAGAAGCUGCACAGCUGUUUAAGAAGGCGUGUCCCUGCGGAGGGUUACUUACAUGCAUUAUUAAGCACUAAGCAAUCCCUUAACUUCAUGAAGUUCCGCACCACGGCAAGAGUCAAAAAAUUUUAGUGGAAAGCAUUUACUGUGAGCAAAUCCAUGACCAAAUGACUCGGCGGCUCACCCACAGGUUUCCUGUCAGCAAAAUAAGCUUUCAGUUUGUGCCUCCGAAUUGUCCUCCAGAGUGGUGGUGUAAGAUUAUUGGGGCUGACUCUGUUUUCCUAAACCCUUUUAAAAUCAUUACUGGCUUGGAAGGUGCUGAAUUGAAAACUCUUAAUGGCUUUCACAAUACAGCAAGCCAAGAUUUUCUCCUUUUAUUGUCAAUAUUGGAUAUUUGGUUUCUCCAAAGCAACUGUUAGCCAUCAAAUCUGAGAUCUUUGGAUGAUAAUCAUGAUAUGAGAUGGAAAGAAACAAUCUAAGAUGAAGCCAGUGUUGAAUUGAACUUUCAAAUUUUAGUCUCAGAUGGUGUUGGUCUCUUCAGUGCCAGCCAAGCAGAGAUGUUCACCAGAGUUGGGAGUACGUACGGAUGCCAUUUGCUGUUCGAGUUACUUGGCUAAAGUUUGGAAACAGGCUCAUUGUGCUCGUGGACAUUUCUUCCCAAGCAAAAACAACCGAUCAGGAGUGGACACGUGGGCAACAUGCUCCACGUCAGCUCGGAGAACUUAUCAAGGAGCCUCGUUUUUUUUUUUUGGGUCUGAUAGCAAGGAACCUCACCUUCACACAUGGUGAGACGUCUGCCCAUGCCUUGAGCGACUCACACAUUAAAGGAUCUUCAAUUCCAUGCCUUAUAGGACAAUGUUUCAUCACUCUCCAUUCAGUUGCACUCUGUAUACAGCUAAAUCAUCAUAUAGUUUAAUAUUGUAAUUAACCAUAUUUAUUCGAUCAUAGUGAAACCACUAGCAAACAACCGUGAUGUGGCCCUAAACUCUGGCUGAGUUUUGGGUGAACACGUAAA